AUGAUGACGAUGGAAGCAUCAUCGAAUAGUCGAGAUGGAUUAUCAUCAUCAUCAACAACAACGACAACAUCAUUACAGUUAUCUGUUGAACAGUGGGAAUUAUUAAGACGUUUACGUAAUAGUCAUUUAACAAAAUUACAAAUAAUUCGAGCUUAUGAUGAACUAGAUCGACUUGAUCGUGAACUCGGAAAUCUAUUUAAUAGUGCGCCUCCUCUUCCUCCACCACUCACUCUUCCAUCAUCAGCAUCAACAUCAUCAUCAUCAUCAUCAUCUACAGUUGUUCCUCCAACUGAUCCGGUAUCACCAUCGACAAUUAAUUCUCAACAAACAUCUCCACCAUCAUCUGUAUUAAAUAAUAAUAAUAAAAGACCACAUAGUCAUAUAACUAAUGGAUUACCACCUGUAAGAACAACGAAUGGUUAUCAUUCAUCACAUACUUAUCAUCCAACAUCAUCAUCAUCAUCAACUUCAUCAAAUACUAGUGUUCGACCAGCAAGAAAUAGUGUUCAUGAAAUAAAUUCAACUCCAUCGAAUCAACAUGAAACAAUCAAUCAAAAUGAUCUUGAAGAAGAAGCUCGAGAAUUACAAGAAUUACUUGCUAAAGGUGAUAUAGCUAUUCACAAUGAAAUCUCUGUUUUUGUUUAUCGUUAUGAUCUUAAACAAUCUCAAAUAGCUCGAAUGGCAGCUGUUAAUCAAGCAUAUGUAUCGAAAUUUUUACGCGGUGAUUUAUUUGAUUUAUCGGAGAAUGGUCGAAUGGCUAUAUGUCGAUGGUAUAUAAGAUAUAAAAAAAUUGUUCAAUCAAUGGGUGGUGCUCAACCAUCUGCGGAAUUAUUAACGAAUUUAACAUCAUCAUGUGAAACAUCAACGAAAGUACCACGUCUUGCUGAAUCUCAAACGAAUAAUAAUCUAUCACCUGUUUCAUUUGAUACACCGAAACGUACUCGAUUUACUUUUCGACCUGAACAUCUUGAUAUACUUGAAAAAGCUUUUAUUGAUAAUCCAUAUCCUGAUCCACGUCGUCGUGAAGAUAUAGCUCGAAUAUGUAAUGAAGCACGGACUCGUAUUGAUGGUACAAAUGAAUUAUUAAAUGAACGUGAUCGUGUAACAGAUGCUAUUGUAACACAUUGGUUUCAAAAUAAACGAAAAAUGGCUAAAAGUCAACGAGUAUCAAUACAAGAAGAUUCAAUUCCAUUGAAUAUUUCAAAUAGUAAUAAUAAUCAUUCAUCCGCAAUGUCAAUGAAUGAUUAUGAAAAUACAAAUGGUGAUGAUGAUAUGCAUAUUAAUCAUCAUCAACAACAAAAAUCAACUAUACCUGUUGUUGAUAUUGAUUGUUUUGAUACACCAGCAUCAUUACUUGAUCCACAAAUGGCUGCUUAUCGAGCUAUAAUGAGUCGUAUGGUACCGUUUGCAAAUAAUAUGAAUGGGAAUAGUUCACCUAGACGUUUUGUUAAACAAGAACCGAUUUUAAAUCAAGAUGAUUCAAGUCAUGGUGAUGAAUCAAACUCUCAAUCACCAUUAAACGAUCAUUUAUCACCGUGA